AUGGCGCGCACCAAGCAGACCGCUCGUAAAUCCACCGGUGGAAAGGCUCCCCGCAAGCAGCUCGCGACCAAGGCCGCCCGCAAGCAGCCCACUACCGGUGGUGUCAAGAAGCCCCACAGGUACAGGCCCGGUACCGUCGCUCUCCGUGAGAUCAGGCGAUACCAGAAGUCGACCGAGCUCCUGAUCAGGAAGCUCCCCUUCCAGCGUCUCGUCCGUGAGAUUGCCCAGGACUUCAAGACCGACCUUCGGUUCCAGUCCUCCGCCGUCAUGGCUCUCCAGGAGGCUUCCGAGGCCUACCUCGUCUCCCUCUUCGAGGACACCAACCUUGCCGCCAUCCACGCCAAGCGUGUCACCAUCCAGCCCAAGGACCUCCAGCUCGCCCGUCGUCUCCGCGGCGAGCGAUCGUAG